AUGCGCUCCCUGCCCGUUCGCACUAUACUCGUUCGAUCCCACACCUGUCCCACGUCCCGCGCUUGCUCUCCCACCCCUUCGUCUCGCACCUCUCCCUCUAGCCGUGCUCCCUCUCUCCCCUGUCCCUCUUCCCGCGUUCCCUCUCGCACCCGUCCCUCUUCCCCUUACCGCGUUUCCGCUUGCACCCACUCCACGCCCCGCGUUCGCCUGUGGUUGCCCACCUACACCAGUCGCGUACGCUACAGUCGGAUGCGCGGGGGUGCGGAUGUGGAUGUCGGGCCGUCGCUCUCCCUCCCAUUCCCCGUAUCCUCUCCCUCACUCUCCGCCGUCACCUCUCCCUCCCACUCCACCAUCGCCCCUUCCUCCCACCUCACAAUCACUCCGUCCCACCCCGCCAUCUCCUCUCCCUUACCUCCCCACCGUCGCCUCUCCCUCCUCCCCACCGUUGCCUCUCCCUCCUCCGCGCCGUUGCCUCUCCCUCCUCCGCGGCCAUCGCCUCUCCCUCCUCGCGCCGUUGCCUCUGCCUCCUUCCGCGCCGUCGCCACUGCCUCCUCCGCGCCGUCGCCUCCGCCUCCUCCGCGCCGUUCGCCUCUCCCUCCUCCGCGCCGUCGCCUCUCUCCCUCCUCGCGCCGUCGCCUGUCCCUCCUCCCCGUCGUCGCCCUCCCCUCCUCCCCGCUCGUUUGCGCCCGGAGCGCAAGCGGCGGAUUGGUGCGCAAGUGCAGAUUGGUGCGCAAUCGCGGGUUGGUGCUUCAUCGCAACUCUGCAGGUGUUCGCGGGAAACAGCCGGCGGUAAGCUUGGCGAUAUCGCAUCCCCUGCAGUUUGCUUGCGGUGUUUUUUUCUAA